AUGGAGCAGAACCAGUUGCGCCGGAAGGACACCACCAAGGGUCCGCCACUGCGCAUUUUAUCUCUGGACGGUGGAGGAGUGCGCGGCUACUCCAUGCUCAUCAUCCUCCAAGAGCUCAUGCAUCGGGUCUACGUCGAAACCGAAGGCCGACCUCCCAGCCGAGAUGCGACCCCCAAGCCCUGUGACUAUUUCGACCUUAUUGGCGGGACUGGAACAGGUGGACUCAUCGCCAUCAUGCUUGGCCGACUGCGCAUGGAUCUGGAAACAUGUAUGGACGUCUAUGGGAGAAUGACCAGGAGAGUGUUCGAGACCGACAAAACCUUUGCCGGUAUUCCGUACAAGCAGACCUUGUUCAAGGCUUCAAAACUCGAAGACGCUAUCAAAGAGUGCGUUCGUGCCCACACAGUCUUUGAAGACGAAGGAAACGAUGGAACCGCCACGGGCGGGAGAGAGUUCCAAGAUUUGAGCAGCCCGGUGAGUGCCACCAGCGCUGUCGCCGUGAGGAGAUCCAUGAGUGUUCGGAGCGGGAACUCGGUCUCAAGUUCAGUCAACCCCCGAAACUCUCUCAUCUCACCUUCCGUUCCCGCUUGGGGCAACGCGAAUGCCAGCUUAUACGACGGGCGCGAAAAUCGCACCAAGACUGCGGUAACGGCUGUCUAUCAAGGAACAAAUCCACGGACCGGUUCUUCCGUCCUCCUGCGGAGUUACGACUCGAGAAAAGAGCCGGCUCCCGAGUUCAACUGCACGAUAUGGCAAGCCGGUCGGGCUACGUCGGCUGUAGGAUUGGCAUUCAAACCCAUCCAGAUUGGGCACUCCAUCUUCCAUGACGAAGGGGCUGGUAAAUACAAUCCGGCACCGCAGCUGCUUGAAGAAGCCACCGUCAAUGAGUGGCCGGGUAGGGAGGUGGGUGUUUUUGUCAGUAUCGGUACUGGGAAGCGGCCUGAGGGGACCGACGGGAGGCAGCACGAAUGGUGGGAAGGCUUUCUUGGAGGCGGCCUGGGCGCAUUUGCCGAAGCACGGCGUCGCCUUAUGGCCAAGAUUGAAGAUUGCGAGGAGAUCCAUCACCAGAUGCUCAAGUCCGAGUUGGCCAAGCGCAGGGUUCCUGUCGAGAACUAUUACAGGCUCAACGUCUCGGUCGGAGUCGGUGGCUACGCGAUGAACGAGUGGCAACAUCUCAGCGAAAUGACGACCAACACCAGAAAAUAUAUUCGAGAAGAAACCAGUCAGAGGAUGCUUGUCGAUGCGGCAGUCAAAAUGGCCAAGAUCGAGCUCAUGAAGAGGCGUCAAGAGCACCACUCAGACACACACAGUCGAGACUCCAGCUGGUCACACCGGCAAAGGAACAUUCCAGCCUCUCCUCGUGUUGCUCCAUCCCAUCCCGGGGCUGUGGAGCUACCUGCCGACGACACAAUGCCAAACACACCGCCUCAGCAGCACCGAGUACCAGGCAAUCCCCCGUAUCCGAACGAUGUGCUUGCUUCGUCUCAAGAUAAGUUCUCGUUGGUUCCAGGAGAGUCGACACCACCAAGGUCAUCCAGUGAUCUGCCGUAUCGCGGCAAGGAUGACAGGAUCCUAUACCAGCCGUCACCUGCCCCUUCGACAUACAGUUCUUCAGAGCCACCACCAAGACCGCCGAAGACUCCGAUCAAUGAGCCUGUCUAUUCUACACGCCCCCGCCCGCAUCCCUCUCCUGCCAGGUUGAACGGAGCCUCCCGACCUCCAUAUCCCGAUUACGACGAUGGACCACCCCCCAUUGUCAGCAAGCUCAGAAAACCAGAAUAUGCCCCGAGGUGA